GCGCGGCCUCACUCGGCGGCGGGCAGCUGCGCCGCCAGAGCCGAAGGAGGUGGUUGCUGCCGCUGCGCCUCCUCGUCUUCCCGCGUCACCGCUGCCGCCAUGCCCGGAGGUCUCCUUCUCGGGGACGAGGCUCCCAACUUCGAGGCCAAUACUACCAUCGGCCGCAUCCGUUUCCACGACUACCUGGGAGACUCAUGGGGCAUUCUCUUCUCUCACCCUCGAGAUUUUACCCCUGUGUGUACCACAGAGCUUGGCAGAGCUGCAAAGCUGGCACCAGAAUUUGCCAAGAAGAAUGUUAAGAUGAUUGCCCUUUCGGUGGACAGUGUUGAAGACCAUCUUGCCUGGAGCAAGGAUAUCAAUGCCUACAAUGGGCAGGAGCCCUCAGAAACAUUACCUUUCCCCAUCAUUGAUGAUAAGAAUCGGGACCUUGCCAUCCUGUUAGGCAUGCUGGACCCGGCAGAGAAGGACGAAAAGGGCAUGCCUGUGACCGCUCGUGUGGUGUUUAUUUUUGGUCCUGAUAAGAAACUGAAGCUGUCUAUCCUCUACCCAGCGACCACUGGCCGGAACUUUGAUGAGAUUCUCCGAGUAAUUACCUCCCUCCAGCUGACGGCAGAGAAGAGGGUUGCCACCCCGGUUGAUUGGAAGGAUGGAGACAGCGUGAUGGUUCUUCCCACCAUCCCUGAAGAUGAAGCCAAAAAACUCUUCCCUAAAGGAGUCUUCACCAAAGAGCUCCCAUCUGGCAAGAAGUACCUCCGCUACACACCCCAGCCUUAGUCUCUCCGAGGAGUCGGUGCUGGAGCUGUUGGCGUAGCUCAGUGAGCCAGAGGAUCCCAGCUGCCAGUCAUGUUCUCCUGCAACUGUUCCGUCAAAACAUCCUGGGGUGAUCACAGCUAAGGCCUUUAGGUUGCUCUACUACUGGCUUAUUAAAUGAAAAUGGCACUAAAAAUUUCUUGGGAUCCUUUACUCUGUGCCUUCACCAGCAUUCAUCUCUGUUCAUAUACCUUAGCAUUCUCCGCUGACUCUCUUUGAAAUAUAGUCUGUAUGAGAGGCUCUGAUCUUGGAUCUUUACAACAUUUGGGAUCAUUGAGGUAGUAUGGUUGGAAAAGCCUGCUUUGUUCCAUCGUAGAAUGACUAUCCAUUUUUUUAGCUGUUCUAAUCAAAUCCAGAACUUGGGGUACAGAUUUCCUCUGUGAUGAGUAUUUAAGAUGUUCUUCACUCUUCAGUGUUUGGAUCACAGCAGGGGCAAAAAACCUUUCGGUUCUAUACUUUUUCAAUAGAUAAGUGAGAUGAACAGGGGGAAGGAUCUUUAAAUACUGUGCGAUAAAGAAAAUCUUUCAGUAAAUUUCUACCAAAAGAAGGAGGCUAUAGGAAAGGCUCCACUUGCCUGCCAGGGAGGUGUACCAGAAGGUGUGAGCAAUAUGACAGUGCCAUGUGCCUUUCAUACAAAGUAUUUCCAUAUGUUGGUCUGCUCUGCAAUGAUGGACACAAGCAAGGGCACACCUUCGAGAGAAAGGAGAUGAUGAUGGAAACUUUUUUAUAGAACUAUUCUUGCAGUGAGGGGGUUGAGUCUUUUUUCUGAUUCUUGCUUUUGGGGGAUCAGCAAAUAAAUUCUUUGUUAAAACUGGA